AUGGUCAACAUUCCCAAGACUCGUCGCACUUAUUGCAAGGGCAAGACCUGCAAAAAGCAUACCCAACACAAAGUCACACAAUACAAGGCCGGAAAAGCCUCGCUCUUCGCACAGGGAAAGCGUCGAUACGACCGCAAGCAGUCCGGUUAUGGUGGUCAAACCAAGCCUGUCUUCCACAAGAAAGCCAAGACAACCAAGAAGGUCGUGUUGAGAUUGGAGUGCACACAAUGCAAGACCAAGGCUCAAUUAUCACUGAAGCGUUGCAAGCAUUUCGAACUUGGGUAUGGACUGCUCCAGUACACAUUCUCUGUCGAGACUCGAAAACUGACUAUGAUGAACAGUGGUGACAAGAAGACGAAGGGUGCCGCUCUUGUGUUCUAG